AUGCUAAAGGGUACGCCAGGCAAGAUUUUGCCAAUGCUUAAGUUGAGACCCAAGUUAAUUAUUAGCGACUGGGAUGAAACAAUCACGCUGGAAGAUACUAUAAAACUUGUAUCUGAGGCUGCUUACCUUGCGAAGCCGAAUUUUCAACCUCCAUUUAAUCACUUUCUUCAAGUGUAUAAAGCUGCGUACGAAGAUUUCAACAAUAAAUUUUUAGUGAGAGAAGGUAGAAGAGACACCAUAGAAAAGGAAAUCAAAUACCAGAUUGCUGAACGGCAAGUCGAACAGACCUCAAUUGACGAAAUGGUUCGCAGGGGUCUCUUUGCGGGUAUUACUCCAUCACAAUUUGCAUCUCAGGCAGAAAAAGUUAAGUUGAGACCAGGAGUUGUGAAGUUUUUUGAGCAUUGUGAACGAUUAGAAAUUCCUGUAGUAAUACUUAGUAUCAACUGGACAUCCAUAAUCAUCAAAGAAGCACUUAAAUUAAAUGGCAUUCGGUUAAACAACGUUGACAUAAUCGUUAAUGAGAUUGCCUUUGAAGAUGGAAAAUCAACUGGUGAAUGGCUACCAAAUCCAAAUAUUAGAACAGGCAUCGAUAAACUAAAUGUUGUGAAAUCAUUAAGCUCGCUUCACGGGGAAACUUGGUACAUUGGAGACUCGUCAACAGAUUUGCUCUCUGUAUUAGAAGCCAAUAAAGGGAUCAUUAUGAAAAGUGAAUCAAUUCUCAAACACUUGAACGAUCUAGCUAUUAAGUUCCAACCCUUAAGAUCUCCUCUAGACGAUGCUACAAGUAUUUUCGUUGGCGAUUGGGAGGACAUUACCAAUGCUUUAUAG